AUGGCGGAUAACCAAAGCGAAAUAAGCUCUGCAGACUCUGCUGAAGCUCAGAAUCAACUACAGAAUGAGCAAUCAGAACACCUCUCAGACUCACCAUGGGCCAAAUUUACCGCGGAACAACUUAUGGAAAACUGUCCAUACACAGUUGCACUCAAGGUCAUCAAUACAGCUCUCUGGGGUGUACCCGCACCGGCGGACGCAAAUGAGACACACGCAACAACGUGGGUCGCUAAAGCUAUCCACGACUACAAUGUGUCAAUGGCCUGGGACGAUGACCUCUUCAUUGACUACAAAUGGGACUUUGAAGGAUGGACGAAGGAGCUAUUUAGCAAGGUUGAGCGUGGUACACUAAGGUCUCUUAAGAGUGUGCUACGACACCGGGGAGUAUACACUGGCAACAAUCACGCCAGGGUGGCGGACUCUCUCUACAACAUUCUAGGUAUAGAGAAUACUCUUGAAUGGGAACCAGCAGAGUUUCGAGCCAUGAAAUUCGACCAACAGUCCGAAGCGUACCAGCGCCAGCAGAGCAAUAAACGCCAACAGGACACUCAGCACACAGUCUAUCCAGCUGUACAACAACCACCGCAAGUACAACAACUGCCGCAAUUACAACAACCGCCGCAAUUACAACAGCCACCGCAAGUACCACAGCCGUCGCAAUUACAACGACCGUCGCAGGGCGAGCAACAAGAGCAGUAUAGAUUCUCUAAGCUAUGGGACAAUAGCAACAAGUAUACAGGGAAUGCGUACGAUCUCCUAGACGAUAAGAUCAAGAUCUUCUUCAGCAUCUGCUGGCAGGUAGAUAUCCAAGAAGAGCAGUUUCACGCAGUGUUUCCCCGUAUCCUUACCGGACGUGCAGAGACAUUCUACAUACAGGUUGUAGAGAGAGAUGACAGCUUUGCUGAUGCGUACAUGGCAAUCAAAAACCACUUCGACCAUGACGUCCAUCACCAGCACUACUACACAGACUGGACGACUACAACCUUCGCUCGCACCCGCACAGAGAACCCCGACAAGGGACUACACGAGGUUCUGCAGAUCCUGCUUGACAAGCUGCAGCUAUGCCAGCGUGCCCUUGGCAAGAACUUUGAGGGCGAGGAUGCCCUACGUACCACUGUCAUCAAUGCCUGCCGAGGAGUACCAGAGCUUGAGAUGGCACUGUUCAAACCAGCCACAAUCUGUGAAGGACUCUUCUCAGACCUACGUUCUGCAGUUGAGACACACCUUGCACGGCAACACACUACCCAGAUGGUCACAGAGGACCAAUACUACUUAGAUCGCCGAUACAACGGCAAUGGAAGAAUCCGAGGUAGAUCUCGAGGUGGAGGAGGAUUCAGAGGCGGAUCUAGAGGAGCAUAUCGAGGAGGCGAGCAGCGCGACGACAACGGACGAGGAUUUAAGCCUCGCUGGAGGAAGAAAUGCUUUGUUUGCCAGAAGGAAGGAUGCUGGUCUACCAACCACACAGACGAAGAGCGCAAGGCUGCCCGUACACAGUUCUUCUCUACGCUAUACUUUACAGGUACACAGCCCCCCAAGGACUUCUCCGUACAUCUUGCAGAAUACGAAGGGAUCGAGCACACUAGCCAGUACAAUCAGAGAGGAUGGAGAGAGGAGGAAGACUGCGAGGAUGACGACGAUGACGACGUCGCGGAAGCAUACCUUGAACAGCAGUUUUUCACGGAGCAAUGCCUUGCAGAUCAGGCGUUCUUGCACCACAUCUCUGGCGACGACGUAUACCGCCAAGACGCGCCAUCAGCGCCAGCGUCACAGUUCCUGCUUGAAGACCGCUACACAAGAUCUGUGUACCAAGGGAUCCUACCGGAUACAGGCGCUGCCAACGUAUCCACAGUUGGCAAGGAGCAGUACCUUGCACUCACAAGGGAAGAUCCUACAGUUAGGAUGGAUACGUCUACAGCAGGAAAGGCAUCUAUCAAAUUCGGCAAGGGCGAGGCUACAUCAUCUAUUGGCACUGCACAGGUCUCUACAGACAUUGGGACGAUCAACUUUGAGGUGCUUGACGCACCUACACCAUUCUUAUUGUGCCUUGCAGACAUGGACAGGUUAAAGGUCUACUUUAACAACACCACAGAUGAGCUAGUCCAGGGUGACGUACACAUCCCUGUAAUUCGCAAAUGGGGACAUCCUUGGUUCCAUCUGAACAAAAGAGAGAGAGCAACUGUGUUCCUGACAGAGACAGAGUUGCGACGGCUCCAUCGACGAUUUGGACACCCAGCUGUCACGCGACUUGUUAAGCUCUUAAAGGAUGCUGGCCAUAACGACUUCGAAGAAAGAACCCUAGAAGAAGUCACUAAGUUCUGCCACCACUGCCAGCUCCACAGCUCCGCACCGCGCCGAUUCAAAUUCACUCUCAAGGAUGAUCACCACUUCAACUAUGAGAUCCUGGUGGAUGUGAUGUACCUGAGCAACAAACCUGUACUGCAUGUGGUCGAUUCCUCAACAGCGUUUCAAGGCGCGAGGUUCCUUAGCGCUAUCUCAGCUAAAGAAACAUGGCAAGCACUGCGGAUACUAUGGAUCGACACGUAUCAAGGACCACCAGACAUUAUCACGCAUGACGCAGGCACUAACUUUGCAAGCACAGAGUUCCGCGCAGAAGCAAAGAUCAUGGGAGUCACAUGCAAGCAAAUACCUACGGAGGCGCACUGGUCUAUCGGCAAAACUGAGAGGUACCAUGCACCUCUACGCCGCGCAUGGGACAUACUCUAUGCAGAACUCACUGACACUAUGUCCGACGACGCGAUUCUCCAGAUGGCUGUGAAGGCUGUCAACGAUACUGCUGGCCCCGAUGGACUAGUCCCGACGCUACUGGUCUUUGGAGCGUACCCACGAAUGACUGCAGAGUCACCGCCAUCCCCGUCAAUGGUCAAGCGCAGCGAGGCUAUUCAAAAGGCGACGAAAGCCCUACGCAAGAUCACGGCAGAGCACCAAGUUGCAGACGCCUUGAACACCCGCAAUGGACCAGCCACUGCAGACAUGCUCGCGCUCCCACUCCAGAGCGAAGUCUUAGUAUGGAGAGAGAGUGAUGGCUGGAAUGGCCCGUACAAGAUCGCCAGUACAGAUGGCCACAACGUCACUGUUGACAUGGUCAAUGGUCCAACGACAUUCAGAUCCACUGUCGUCAAGCCAUACUACAGACCGGACCACCUUUGGAGCGACCCCGAUGCGCCACACGCGCCGAAUGAGCCGCAUGAGCCGGUAGCAGUACCACCGGCAGUGCAACCACGCAGGAGAGGCCGCCCUCCAGGGUCAAAGAACAAGCGGAAGGCGCACGCGUACAUCACCAAGAAGGAGCAGGACGAUCUUGAGCUAGCUAUCAAGCUACGUAACGAUGGAGUGAUCACAACCUCAGGCGCCCCCUUUGAAGCGUCUGAUGACCAAGAGAUCAGCGACCUCCGAUGUAGCCAGCGCCUGAUUAUGUCGCUGGCGCCCGAGAUGGUACAACGCGGAAUGAACAUCGAGCUCCGUGACAUUACGCAGGCGUAUCCCCAGGCGCAGACAGCCCUGAAGAGGACGAUACUCGCACAUCUUCCUACUGAGCUAGUCCAUCGAUAUCCAGAAGGCACGCUACUCCAUGUGAUCAAGCCGCUAGACGACGCAGGCAUCUUCGGCAUCGUUGGCAUGCAGACAGACGACACUCUCAUGCUCGGGACACCAGCGUUCUCGUCACGUGAAGAGAAGAAGAUCCAGAAGGCAGAGUUCAGGUCAAAGCCAAAAGCAAGGCUGACACCAGAACAGAAAGGACAAGGAGGAAGGAUCAAGCUUGUGGAUAUCAGGGCACCGGAACGCGCGCAACAGUACACCGAGCAGCGCGCCCGCGGAGCGUACAUCGCAUCAACAUGCCAACCAGAGGCGUCAUUUGACCUGUCCGUCGCUGCUCAAGCUCAGCAACCAUCAGACGAGGACAUCAAGGCACUCAACAAACGCCUGAAAUGGCAGAUGGAGAAUCUCGAUCGUGGCCUGCGCUACGUCACUGUCAAUCUUAUGGAGGCCAAGUUGAUGGUCUUUGUGGAUGGCUCCUUUGCCAACAACAAGGACCUCAGCUCACAGCUAGGCUUUGUCCUUAUGCUCGUCAACGAGUCUAUUGACGUCAACACCUUCACAAUACAGGGCAACGUGAUCCACUACAGCUCUACAAAAUGCAAGCGCAUCACACGGAGCGUACUGGCCUCAGAGAUCUACGGCAUGGUCAACGGCUUUGACAUAGGCAUUGCAGUUGCAACCACGCUGAGGAUAGUUACAGAACGACUUAGACUACCUGCAAUUCCCUUGGUUAUUUGUACAGACUCGUACUCCUUGUACGAGUGCCUAGUAAAGCUUGGGACGACGAAGGAAAAGCGUCUCAUGAUCGACAUCAUGGCGCUGCGCCAAUCAUAUGAGCGUCGCGAGAUCACGGAGAUCCGCUGGAUCAAUGGUGAAGACAAUCCUGCAGACGCCUUCACCAAGGCAUCGCCAAACCGCGCUCUUGAACGCUUUAUUGACGGCAAUAAGCUGACAGUCCGAGUAGAGGGAUGGGUGCAGAGGCCGACAAGCUUUGAUGGUUGA